AUGUUCGAGGACAUCGUAUAUAGAAACGCCGGGAACGAAGGUGGAAACCAGAAUCUCGGCAGGCUUCUAUCGAAAUAUAUUGAAAUCAAGAAAUUUGAAGAAAUCUACAAGCAAGACCACAGUCAUAAAACAAGAUCAAAGCUUCGCAAGAGCAAAUAUAUCAAGAAAGCCUUGAAGGUCAUACAUCGAGAGCUAAAAAAACGCCUUAAACCUGAAGAAACAUACGAAAUAUGGCAUGGUCUAGACCACCUUAACGCCAAUGUAGAGAAGAAGAAACAGAAUAAUACCAAAUCCAAAAUCAGAGAUGAAGACAAUCCAAGCGAAUUUGCAAAGAAGAUCAUAGAAAGAAUAGAAGCUGGCUCUGAAAAUGAGCAUACUUCCGCAUACGACGAUUAUGAUGAAUAUAAUCAUAAGAUUCAGUCCACACUAGCCAAGUUUACAGGAGCGUUUGAUAGCUCUAACCAUUGGGUGAAAUCAAGUUUCUUGAUACGAACAAAUGGGCUAGAAGUAUUGCCCACUAUCAAACAGGAGAAUAAAGACUAUGUUCAAAGGCAGCAUAUAGGAAAUUUGAAAGUCUUACUACAUUUGAAUGUUUUGCGCCAAAAUUGGGAUUUAGCAUACAAGAUCUUCUGUUUGUUAAUUCGGUUACCAAGUGUAGACAUUAGAGCAAUUUGGCCCAUCGGAAUAGAAAUUCUUAUAAGACAGCAAGAGAAAUUAACCCACGAGGGUGCAGAAAGAAUAACAUCCAAGGAUGAAAGAUUCUAUGAUUGGCUUUCGUCGUUCUUCACCAUUGCUUAUGUCAACGCAGCCCACCUGGAUGGCCCUUCAAAAGUAUCCUUGGCUCCGAUCUGGAGAUCUGGGUCUAAAUCUCAUACCCCAUUGUAUAUCGUGUCGUCCUUGUGGAAUUUGUUGUCUAAAGGAAAGUAUCAAACUCUAGAACAAAGGCUUGGUGAGUUAGUUUUGGAACCUCCAUAUAAUAGUGACGGGGUUUUCUACUUUUUGAUGGUUCUCUGCAACAUCGUAGAAGCCACAGAAAUAGUGAAUCGUUUUCUAAAGGACCGAACUGAUUACAUUGAUGGUGUUGUUAGUAGGGCUAUCGAUUCAGAUGGAGUAGUUAUCUCCCUUGAGAGACUCGUUGCCUCCAUAGAAAAGAAUCUCAAAAUGUGUGAUACUCUCCAUUUCGUCUAUUCCAAAGAGACUAUAGAUAAUCAGAUCGCGCUCCUUUUUCAUUUGGUUAGGGCGGAUAUCAGGGCCAAACUGAUCGAGGAUGAAGAUGAAAGUGAAGAAUCGUCUGCAGAUGAAAUUGCCGAUUUUCCUGAAGACAAUGAACUUCCUAGAUAUGGAAGUAGGCGUGCUAGUAACGUCCUGGAUGACCUUGAAUCGCCCGAGUUUAACGAGGAGUUUGAGCUGAAUAGAUAUCCCGAUGCUCAGGCUCAAAAGAAAGAAUCUACAAAUGACAUGGAUAUGGACUUUGACUUCGAUUAG